AUGUCAUUUCAUCAACAUGCUUCUACUAGUGGAACUUCUGAAGUGCAAUUAGUUAUUUCUCCAACACGUCCAUCACGUAGAUGUCUUUCUAAUGCUUCUAAUGAUGGUGAUUUUCAAGAUGUAUCUUAUAAAAAAUCAAAACAGAUAAAUAAUCAAAGUGGUAGUACAAUUCGUCUUCAAUUAUCACAUCAUCAUAAUGUUACUGAUACAGUUAAUGAUCAUGUGAAUAUGAAUUUAAAUGUUAAUAAUCAUGUUACUACUACUUCAUCAUUAAUUUCAAAUAAUUUUACAUCAGGUCAUAAUCAACAGCAACAAUUAUUAACAACAGCUUUAGCUCGUUAUGCGUUGACACAUUUUCCUUUUCCACCACACAUAGUUCGAUUUAAUUCUACUAAUGUUUCAAUUACUCAUUUUAAAGAAGAGGAUGAAUCUUGUACCGAGGAUUUUAUAAGUUUUCGUGAGCUACAACAUGAACGUUUUUCAAGUUCAACGUUUCCUGGUGCUCGAUCGUGUAUUGAGAUCAUGCUAAUACGAGACGAUCGAUUUUAUCUGCCAAUUCUUCGUCUACACAAAACUACGUGUGUGCCUUGUUUUGAAAAAUCAAAACCUUCUGAUGUUGUUCAAAAUAUCGCUGCAUCUAUUGCACUUACUCUGUGUGAAGAACUACAUUUUCGGCAUUUAUAUGGAAAGUUAAUUUGUCGUCGUUGUCGAGAAGCAGUGAUGAAACGAAUGGAUCCGAUUAAAAUUAGUAAUCAUCAAUCGGCGUUUCAAAGGCUUGACGCUCUUAUUUGGAGUGAUGUGGAAUCAGAAGAAAGUACUGGUGAUACAGAGUUUCAUUAUUCUCCCACUUCUAUCACACCAACAUCAUCCAUUUAUAGCGGUCCAACACUCUAA